AUGGCAGAUUUUGAUUUGAAUGCCAUUUAUAAAAUAAAGCCAUUCUUCGAUAAUAAAAGUUUUUCCGGAACAUGGGCACCUUUAGAUCAUUCGGAUUCAGUAGAAAAAGUAUUAGAAGAACUUAAGAAAGGAAAAAUUCCUGUAGUUACAGCAAAAACAGGAGCCAGGAAAAGUACAGAUUUUGUACAGAAUAUAUCUGCCCAUUUUAAUUGCACUAUGUUAUCGAUGCCUCGUGUAUCUUUAGUAAAAAACCAUGCUAGUUCUGCCCCAAAGUUAUUCGCUAAUACUUGCGAUAACAUGGAUGAAAAUAAUUUAAAUGUAUGUAUACAUGGUUGGUUACAAGUCACUAAUCAUUCAUUUAAAGACAAGGACUUUUUAAUAAUCAUAGAUGAGUUUCAUGAGAUGGAUGAAGAUAGUUUAAUUUUAUUAGAGAGAUACAAAGAUAAUAUUAUUUUACUUAGUACAACACCAAUUCCUAUUCCAAAUUCAACAACAAUAACGUUAUCGAAAUCACGAUCUCCUUAUACAAUCACUAAAUUACUGUCACCUCCAAAUAUUCAUUUAGAAAUACAUAAUACUAUAGCUAGUUCAUUAUCUAGAAAAAUUCAGGUUGUAGAUGCUAAAAAUGAUGAAAUUAAAGAUGACACUGAAAUAAUUAUAGUUAAUGGUAAGUUUGUAACAAGAGAAUCUAGCCAUGCCAUUGAAAUUCAAAGAGCAGGUAAAACAGGUCGAACAAAUGAUGGCCUGUAUGUUCGAUUGAAUAAUAAAUAUAAUGAUACUCCUUUUGAUCCUAAGAUUCCAUUAAACCCAAAAAUCCCGUCAUGUUAUAAUGCUUUAUUAUCAAAUCCAGAUAUAGGUAUUUAUUUAGAAAUAUUGUUUGGUUCUCAACAAUCAGAUGCAGACAUGUUAUAUAGAUUAUUAUUAGGUGGUCAUUUUAAUCAAAAUACCUACCAUUUUGCUAAAAGUCUUCCAACGACUCCACUUGAGGAUAUCUGGAUAGCACUCAAUAAUUACAAAAUUAAUACAAGGCCCUUUCAACAAAAUAUG